GUGGCUGGGCUCGGGGCCGUUCCCUUCGCCGGGCCUCCGUCUUGUUGACGAUGGCGGAGGUGCAGCUUCCUACGCUGGAGGCCGAGCUGACCUGCGCCGUUUGCCUGGACCUGUUCCGGCAGCCGGUCACCGCUCCGUGCGGACACAACUUCUGCCGGGACUGCCUGGCUCAGUUCUGGGCCGGGGACCGGCGCCGCCUCCUGGGCUUCACCUGCCCGCAGUGUCGGGCCCACUUCCCCGAGCGGCCCGACCUCCACCCCAACCGGGUCCUGUGCGCCGUGGUGGAGGAGUUCGAGCGGGGCCGCGCCAAACACCAGCCCCCGGAGCCGCCUCCGGCCCCCGAGCUCUCCGUCCCCUGCGAUGCGUGUCCGGCGGGCGGCGCCGGGGCCGCCGCUGUCCAGACCUGCCUGACCUGCCUGGCCUCCUUCUGCUCCCAGCACCUGGAGCCGCACCGCCAGAGCCCGGCCUUCCGCUCCCACAACCUGAGCGCCCCGCUCUCCGACCUGGCCCAGCGCCGCUGCCCCCAGCACAGUAACCUGCUGGAGUUCUACUGCCGCCCGCACCGCCGCUGCAUCUGUGCCUCCUGCCUACUCGAGCACCGCGGCUGCGACACCCAGAACAUGGAGGAGGCCCGGAAGCGGCAAGUGGAAGAUCUGAAGGCUCAACAGAAGGAUAUGCAAUUCCAAAUCAUCCAAAUGCAGCAUCAUCUGGAGCUGGUGCAGUAUCAGAAACAGCAUCUUACGGAUUCUUCAGAGAAACAGAGAUCAUCGCUUUCUAGUGAAUUCAACAACAUGAAAUCUCUUAUAGAGAAGGAGGAGAAAAUUGCGACCAACCUGAUUGAAGAGGAAGAGAACAGAGCAAACAGUCAGAUUGUGGCUGUGCUUGAUCAGGUCAGCACCCAGCUCACUAAACUAAAGGAAUACAAGGAGCAGCUGGACUCUGUAUUGGCUCACACCGGAAGCAUGGUAUUUUGGAAGAACAUUGCUGAGCUUCCUGUAAUCCCAUUGGACAUGGGCACACCCCCUGAACCAAUAGAACUGGAUUCCAGGAAGAUGGAGCUUAUUGGGAAAGUGGUUUCUACACUGAAGCAGGCUCUGGUUCGGCAGCUGAGGUGUUCACUGCAGCAGAGAAUGCAACAACUGGAGCAGGCAGAGAAAGCCAAGUCCCGUCCGUCACCCAGUCAAAACCCGAAACUGGAUGCAGGUUACCCCCCAGAUCCAGUGGAACCAUCAUCUGCCAAUGACCCAGAAUUAUCUGAAACAACCAAUUCUCCUGAGGGCAAGCAAGUGAGAAAGAAGAAAAACAAGUCCAAUCCUUCGCCCGAUCAAACCCAAAGACUGGCUGCAGAUAACAUACAGGGCCAAAAGAAACCCAAACCUAAACAGCCACCCAAUCCAAUCAAAGCACCAGCUCCACCGAAAGAAGGGGACUCAAGAUUACCACUGAACACUAAGGCCAUCUCACAGACCCGGCAGGAGUUAAUGCAAUAUAACUCUAGGGUCACCUUCGACCACCGGACUGCUCACAAGAAGCUGGUUAUAGCCGAUCGCUACACCACCCUGAGUGUGGCUGACCAGCCACAGUCCUACCCUGAUCUACCCGAGAGGUUCUUCAACUGUUCCCAGGUGCUGGGCCUGCAGAGUUUCACAAACGGCCGGCAUUACUGGGAGGUGAACAAUGAUGGUAGCAGUUUCUGGGCAAUUGGGAUUGCAUAUAGUGGGAUGGAUAGGAGAGGUUCCAGGAGUCGCCUGGGAAGGAACCUGCUGAGCUGGUGUGUGGAGAGCUUUGGCCAGAAGCUGUCGUUCUGGCAUGGAGACCAGGAAACUGUCCUGAGUGUUCAGCGACCCCGGGUGGUAGGGGUGUUCCUGGACUUUGAGGCAGGAAUUGUGGCCUUUUAUUCAGUCACUAAUGCCAUUGUGCUGCUAUUUGGCUUCAAAACAGUGUUCCAGGGCCGGGUUCACCCUGCUUUCUGGCUGAGUUCCAGUGGUACCAAACUGACUCUUGUUCAGUAAUCCAAAAGAUUUUUGCACUGUCUCGCCAUGGAUCAACCACUUAUCCAUUUAUUUUUCAACUUCAAAAAUAUUUUCAGGAAAAUUUAUAAAUAAAAUUCAGUGUUAAUGGUCUGGCAGCAUCUGUGGAGAGAGAAUUAAUGUUUCCAGUCCAGUAUGACUUUUGAAUAAUAUGACUCAAUGUUAACUCUGUUUCUCUAACCACAGAUGCUGCCAGACCUGCUGAGUAUUUACAGCAUUUUCUGUUUUAAUUUCAGAUUCCCAGGAUCUGCAAUAUUUUGAUUUUAUUUUAGCGCUAAUGAUGGGAAUGGGAAGAUGGUUGGAAUUGCCCUGGGCUUGAGCUCCUUCACUGCACCCACCCCAGGGUGGCAAUCAGGGCAGAAGCAUCAUCUAUUAUGGCAGAAUUGUUUGUGCCCUUCCUGGGGUGAGGGUAAAAUACCCCUAUCUCCCCACUGGGUGACAGUGCCUCUGCGGAAGUUCCUCAGGGUAGUGUCCUCGGCCCAACCAUGUUCAGCUACUUCUAUACAGAUGCAGUCCAUGUCCAAAUGCAGCAAGAGCUGGAUAGUAUCCAGGCUUUGGGGUCAAUAUGCAGGAACAAUUCCAAGUUUAGUUGAGAGUGUGGGGUGGAAGUUCGCAGAUCUCGGAGACAGGUACCUGGAAAUUGUCUCCACAAACACUGAGCUACCAACAAAUACAGAACUGUUGUCUGGAGGGGGUGGGGUGGGCUCCAGAGCUAAACCUGUCUCCCUCUCACAUGUUAUCAAAUGAUCAGAGAAAAGCUGUAACUGGCAGGAUGAGGGAGAAAAGGGAAUUGUGGUAUUGAAGGAAUUGUUGCCCUUUAAAUGACAUUGAACGUUAGAAUAGGAAACCAUUCAUAUUUUUCUAUUAAACCCUUGAGAGUUUUAAGGAUGGAUAUUUGAAACAAGUCACCACUCGAUUGCAAACCAGUUUCAGAAGUCCACAGGUUACUCCUCACCCUUCCUGAGACUACAAUUUGCUAACUAUCCAGGCUGUGUUCAUCAGUACGAUGCCCAGGAUUUAACCCCUAUGACAAUUCUCCACACUCUGCAGCUAUUACUGGGCCUGAUCAGGUGCAGGGCUGGUUAGUCAGUACCUAGUUAUUGCAGUACCUAGUUACUCCAGCUUGGUUGCACAUUGUUAUUUACAACUCUGGUGAUAGGUCAGCUGAUUCCCAGUGCUAGUUAUACUGGUACCUGAUUCUAGUUAGGCUGAUGCCUAUUACUAGUUGUACCAUUUCCUGGUGCUAGCUAUACUAGUGUUAUGUCAUUGCUCGGUAGCUAUGCCAGUGCCAGCCCUCAUUAUGCUGGUGCCUUGUGCUAGUUGUAAUUGUAAUUUAUAUUAAAAUUUAGAUUUUGGAAUCUUAAAUUUGCAGAUGACAUCAGAUUGGUGGAACCGUCAUUACUGAGGAGGUAUGGACCAAGUUAGUGGAGGGCAUUAGUAAUGCAAAAUGGACCAAAAAAGUUCAAUAGAUAAUUGUGAGGUUGUACAUUUUGACAAAGUUGGUUGUAUUUUGCUUUGAAAAUAGGAAUCGAAAUGGGGUAAAGGAACAAAAGGAAAUCUUGGGAGAUCAGAUACACUACUCACUAAAAAUAGCAACACAGGUUCAUCAGGUCAUAAAAAUUGUAAAUCAAGCACUCAGCUCAUUUCUAGAGUAGAAUUGAAAAGUAGGAAAGUUGUGUUAAACUUGUAACAAACCUUUAUCAGAUAUCCCAUAGUAUCACGUGCCAUUCUGACUGCUAUAGGGUGGUGAGAGUGUGAGGAAGAUUUACAAGGAGAUACCAGAAGGUGGGGCAUACCUGUCAGGAGAGGUUUGACAGACUCGCUGUCCUUUUCAAAAAAAUGUGACUGAGGGUUGACCUAGUAGACACAUUUAAAAUAGUGAAGGUUUUGACAGAGUAGAUAGAGAGAGAAUGUUUCCUCUUGUGGAGAAGAGCAGAACUAGAGGUCAUCGAUAUAAGAUAGUCACCGAGAGAUCCAAUAGGCAAUUCAGGAAACAUUUCUUUACCCAGAGAGUAGUGAGAAUGUGGAACUCACUCCCACAGUGAGUGGUUGAAGCAAAUGGUAUAGAUACAUUUAAGGGGAAGAUAGACAAGCAUUUGCGGGCGAAGGAAACAGAGGGUUUACGGUGGUAAAUUUAGAUGAGGAAAGAUGGCAGGAGGAUUAAGUGGAGCAGAAACAUCAGCAUAGACUAGUUGGGCUGAAUGGCCUGCUUCUGGGCAGUGUAUCCUAUGUAACUAUACUAGUACCUGAUGCCAGUUAUGACAAUCCCCAUUGCUAGUUAGACCAGUGACUGUUCGAUGCUGCUGAUUGCCUUGCCUGCAGCAGUGAAAUUUUGUAUGGUUUGAGGGGCCAUUUGUGAAUCUAUCACUGCUCUGAACUCUGCUUGUUGAUGGUGUUGAGCACACUGUGUUUCCAGGUGCUCCAGGGCACAGUUACACCAACACUCCGAUCAGAUUAUCACAGCAGCAUGUUAAUAAUACAGGAAAUCAUUUUGGAACUUGUAAUCUUCUAAAAAAAUAUAUAUUCUGCUUAUGCUUAUUUCUCAGGGGUUCUAUUCUCAUUGCAAUGCUUUUCAGAUCUGUUUUGGAAAAUAUUUUCUAUAUGUAUUUGGAAAAGGGUGGGACAAAAUGGGAGAGAUUGAAAUAUUAAAGAUUCAUUUUGGCUUCAGUUUGCACAACUUAACUUCUUCAUAAUAAGAGCAUUUCUGGAGCCUCAAGGUCUCAAAGCACUUUAUAGCCGAUGUAGACACUUUGAGGUGUAGUUACUGAUGUAACUCAGGAAAUACAGAAGCCAGUUAGAGCACAGGGAGAUCCCACAAUCAGCAAUGUGAUAAUGAUUAGAAAAUCUUGCUUUUCAGAGAUGUUAAUUGAAGGUUAAAUAUUGACCUCAGGAACCUAGGGAGGGCUCUGACUUGGGAACGCACUAAUCUGACAGCACGGAGCAGAGGGAAAGCUGCAGAAUCUAUUGUAGGUCUGAGCCCCUCAACUGGGGAAGCCUCGUCUCUGUUAACCAGAACCAGGUUUAAUGUUGGGAACUUUAACCUGUGGUGAAACAAGAUAUUUACAGCUGUGGUAAAGUGAACGAUUGGUCAAGAUGUGUUUAUUGGGAUGUUGCUCUCUUAUGUUUGUGGAGAAGGGGGAGAGACGCUGGCCCCCUCUUGAUUUCUGAUUAAUGAUAGUUGUUUACUGCUUUUGGAGAUGCAGAGUCUGAUAAUUUAAUCAAGGGACUACUUGCAUAUAUUUGUAUCUCAUUGUAUAAAACUCAUUAAACCUUAAACCUUC